UAACUACUUUAUUUUACAGUGGCAAAUGAUCACGGUCUCUACCAAGCAGCAAAGCUAAGAGAAAAUAUUACCUUAUUUUAUUACAAAUAUGAAAAUAUUAACUUUAGGAAACCAUAAGAAGACAAGCAACUGCAAACUGGUUUAUAGGAUCAUCAUGGCGAAGGUUCCUAUGGGUAAAGUGCUGCUUCGAAAUGUGAUCAGGCACACCGAUGCCCACAACAAGAUUCAGGAGGAGUCUGAGAUGUGGAAGCUACGGGGCAUGGAACGACAGACCUCAUCUACUCGCGACUCAAAGCAAAAAUGGACAACAAGAAGCAGCAUGCACUGUGACAGGUAUUUGAAUGACGUGGAGGGAUCUGCACGCAGCAGGCUUGGUGAAGGAGAAGGUGUUUCUGUGAGCGAUGAACAAGAGGCUCGUUACUGGACUCGGAAAUUAUAUGAUUUUGAGGCCAAUGAUCCAGACAGGUGGGGUCAUAGUGGUUUUAAGGAGCUUUAUCCAGAGGAGUUUCAGUCAGCUCGAGAUGCUGACGACCCAAAACCCAGAAAAAAUGACAAGAAGUCCAAGAAAUCCUCAAAGCAAAAGAAGAAGAAGAAAAAGACCAAGAAAAAGAAGCAGAGGACAGAAGAAUCAGACUCAGAGUCUGACAGCAGCGCAGCGGGCGACGUCAAGAGGAAGCCAAAGAGGAAAAGCAGCAAAAGCAAACACCGACGGAAAAAGAGACGGAAAGAGGAGGACGACUCGGACGGGGCGGGAGAAAAACCGGACAGGAAACGGAGCAGGACUGUAAGGGACACCCAAAGAGAGCCGGAGCGGAAAAAACGGAAAAACUGGAAAGCAGCCAAUGAGGAGAAAUCAGAGGAGAGCUCUGAGGACUGAUCAUCCGAAAUCUCAGAUUUCUUAACUUCAGUCCUGCAGAGAUUCCAGUUUCUUUUCUGCAGGACAGUGGGACCUUCAGGCCUGGAGCUGGAAAACUUGAUCAUGUGAUGCUCAUUUUAAUCAUUCAGCCAUGUAUCGAUGUAUGUUUUGUAACUUUUGUAUACAUUUGGAUGAAGCCUUGUUUUAUUUGUUCUAUUUUUAACCAACACUCAGGUAUUUUUUCUGUCAUUAGGGAAGAUAUAAAGACAAAUGUUCUGAAA